GUUCAUUUUUUUCCUCGUCUUCGCUCUCUGCUCUGCUCAAACGGAGUCCAGGUGCGGGGGAUAGCUACAGAGCAGGAGACAGAACUUAGCCAGGGAGCCGCUGCUACUACUUGCUGCUUCUGAUCGCUCAAUCCUCUCCGCAGUCGUGUGCGCAAUUCCAUUUCUCUUCGAUCUAUUCAACUCCAAUCCUCCUUCCUACGCCGCAAAAUUCUUGCUUCCCAGCUCUAAAGGCUAUGGUUCAGAAAAGGUAUAGCGUGUUUGGUGAAUAGUGGUGACUCAACUUGUAGCAUUAAGGAAGGUUUGGAUCGAGUGCUGGGUUAGGGAUGGGGCGGCUAAAGAUGCAGCCAGCGAUCAAGUCAAUUGAGGAAGAGCCUGAAGACUUGGAAGCAGCCUAUGCUAACAAAACUACUUUAGCUUGCAUGAUAAAUGUAGAAGUAGGUGCUGUUUUGUCCGUCAUGCGGAGGAAUGUAAGAUGGGGUGGCCGAUAUAUGUCAGGUGAUGAUCAACUAGAACACUCUCUCAUACAGUCUUUGAAGGCGUUGAGGAAGCAGAUCUUCUCAUGGCAGCAUCCCUGGCAGACCAUUAAUCCAGCUGUGUAUCUCCAACCAUUCUUGGAAGUGAUUCGGUCGGAUGAAACUGGCGCACCAAUUACAGGGGUUGCUUUAUCAUCUGUUUACAAGAUCCUGACACUUGAUGUGAUUGAUCCAAAUACUGUGAACGUGGAAGAUGCAAUGCACUUGGUUGUUGAUGCAGUGACUUGUUGUCGAUUUGAGUUGACAGAUCCUGCAUCUGAGGAAGUUGUUCUGAUGAAAAUUCUUCAGGUUCUUCUGGCUUGCAUGAAGAGUAAAGCAUCAGUAAUGUUGAGCAAUCAACAUGUUUGUACAAUCGUGAACACUUGUUUCCGGAUAGUUCAUCAAGCUGGAAACAAAGGUGAGCUGUUGCAACGGAUGGCUCGGCUCACAAUGAAUGAACUUAUUAGAUGUAUUUUCUCGCACCUUCCUGAUGUUGACAAUACUGAGCGUGCAUUGGUGAAUGGAGUUAGUACUGUCAUGCCAGAGAUUGGUGGGCCAGAUAACAAUCAUGCUUUUGGAAGCAAACAAAUGGAAAAUGGCAACAGUAGCUCUGAAGUUGAUGGUCAGUCAACCUCUGUGAGCCUAAAUACCAAUUCCACAGCCAUUGUGUCAAGUACCAUGGAAGAGAUCUCAAUAGGUGCAGGUAGUGGUGGAAAGGAUGCCUUUUCUUAUGAUCUGCACCUUAUGACAGAGCCAUAUGGAGUUCCUUGCAUGGUGGAAAUAUUCCAUUUUUUGUGUUCGUUACUAAAUGCUGUUGAGCAUACGGGAACAGGUCCCAGAUCAAAUACUAUUUCAUUUGAUGAAGAUGUACCCUUUUUCUCCUUGGGUCUAAUAAAUUCAGCCGUAGAAUUGGCUGGACCUUCUGUACGCCAUCACCCCAGGUUACUGACUUUGAUUCAGGAUGAACUAUUCCAGAAUCUGAUGCAGUUUGGCUUGUCAAUGAGCCCACUCAUUCUCUCAAUGGUGUGUAGCAUAGUUCUGAACCUGUACCAUCACUUGCGUUCUGAGAUUAAACUACAACUCGAGGCUUUCUUCUCUUGUGUGGUUUUGAGACUAGCAGAGAGCAGAUAUGGUGCAUCAUAUCCGCAGCAAGAGGUUGCUAUGGAAGCUCUUGUAGAUUUCUGCAGACAGAAGACUUUCAUGGUGGAGAUGUAUGCGAACUUGGAUUGUGACAUAACAUGCAGCAAUGUGUUUGAAGAACUCGCCAAUUUGUUGGCAAAAAGUGCAUUCCCUGUCAACUGCCCUUUGUCUGCAAUGCAUAUUCUUGCUUUGGAUGGUCUGAUUGCUGUUAUUCAGGGGAUGGCUGAUAGGAUAGGAAAUGGACCUGGUAAUCCUGAACAGGUUCCCGUGCACCUUGAGGAGUAUACACCAUUCUGGAUGGUGAAGUGUGACAACUACAAUGAUCCUAGUCAUUGGGUUCCUUUUGCCCGUAGGAGAAAGUACAUCAAGAGAAGGCUUAUGAUUGGAGCUGACCAUUUUAAUCGUGAUCCCAAGAAAGGGCUGGAAUUUCUUCAAGGAACACAUCUCUUGCCUGAAAAGCUCGACCCACAAAGUGUGGCUUGCUUCUUCAGAUACACAGCCGGAUUGGACAAAAACCUUGUUGGAGACUUCCUUGGAAAUCAUGAUGAGUUUUGUGUUCAGGUUCUUCAUGAGUUUGCCUGGACGUUUGAUUUUCAAGAUAUGAAUCUGGAUACAGCUCUCAGGUUGUUCUUAGAAACUUUUAGGCUGCCAGGUGAAUCACAGAAAAUUCAAAGGGUGCUUGAGGCUUUUUCUGAGAGAUACUAUGAGCAGUCACCACAGAUUUUAGCUAACAAAGAUGCAGCCCUUUUGCUGUCCUACUCAAUCAUAAUGCUCAAUACUGAUCAGCACAAUGUACAGGUGAAGAAAAAGAUGACCGAAGAGGAUUUCAUCCGGAACAAUCGGCAUAUCAAUGGAGGCCAGGAUUUGCCUCGAGAAUUCCUCUGUGAACUUUUUCACUCGAUUUGCAAGAACGAGAUCCGAACAACCCCGGAACAAGGUGCUGGUUUUGCUGAAAUGACACCUAGCCGGUGGAUCGACCUGAUGCACAAGUCCAAAAAAUCCCCACCUUACAUUGCUUCUGAUUCUACAGCCUACCUUGAUCACGAUAUGUUUGCAAUAAUGUCGGGUCCAACAAUAGCUGCCAUCUCUGUUGUGUUUGACCAUGCAGAACAUGAAGAAGUUUACCAGACGUGCAUUGAUGGCUUUCUAGCCAUUGCCAGAAUCUCAGCUUGCCAUCAUCUCGAAGAUGUACUGGAUGACCUAGUUGUCUCUCUCUGCAAGUUCACUACUCUUCUGAACCCAUCAUCAUCAUCGGUCGAGGAACCGGUGCUAGCGUUUGGUGAUGAUGCAAAGGCAAGAAUGGCAACUGUGACGGUUUUCACCAUUGCAAACAGGUACGGCGACUAUAUACGCACUGGAUGGAGAAAUAUUCUUGACUGCAUUCUGAGAUUGCACAAACUCGGUCUCCUGCCUGCCCGUGUGGCUACUGAUGCUGCUGCCGAUGAAUCAGAAACUUCUGCUGCUGAACCUAAGCCCAUUACUAACUCCGUGUUGUCUUCCGUUCAAAUGCAAACAAUCGGAACUCCCAGGAGAUCAUCUGGAUUAAUGGGUAGAUUCAGUCAACUAUUAUCUCUCGACACCGAAGAUCCAAGAUCACAACCCUCCGAGCAACAACUUGCGGCUCACCAGAGGACACUUCAAACCAUUCAAAAGUGUCAUGUCGAUAGUAUAUUCACUGAGAGCAAAUUCUUGCAAGCUGAAUCUUUACUCCAGCUUGCACGAGCAUUAAUAUGGGCAGCAGGUCGCCCACAAAAGGGUAAUAGUUCUCCAGAAGAUGAAGAUACAGCAGUAUUCUGCCUCGAGCUGCUUAUUGCAAUAACUCUGAACAACCGAGACAGAAUCGCUUUAUUAUGGCAAGGUGUGUAUGACCACAUUUCCAAUAUUGUCCAAUCAACUGUGAUGCCUUGUGCUCUGGUUGAGAAGGCUGUGUUUGGCCUCCUACGGAUAUGCCAGAGGCUGCUCCCUUACAAAGAAAACCUAGCCGAUGAACUCCUGAGGUCCCUUAACCUUGUCUUGAAGCUUGAUGCACGUGUUGCUGAUGCUUACUGCGAGCAAAUCACACAGGAAGUCAGCCGCCUGGUUAAAGCUAAUGCCACUCACAUAAAAUCUGUAGCAGGAUGGCGGACGAUCACUUCCCUUCUCUCAAUCACAGCUCGUCAUCCAGAAGCUUCUGAGGCAGGAUUUGAUGCUCUACUAUUCAUCAUGAGUAGUGGUGGCGCACACCUGUCACCAGCUAAUUUCAUCCUCUGUAUCGAUUCGGCAAGGCAGUUUGCAGAAUCUCGAGUGGGUCAAGUCGAAAGGUCGUUGACAGCGCUAGAUCUAAUGUCGGGUUCUGUUAAUUGCUUAACUCGGUGGUCUACUGAAGAUAAAGGCGAGAUGUGGUUGAGAUUGAUACAAGGGCUGAGGAAAGUUUGUCUGGAUCAAAGAGAAGAGGUUAGAAACCAUGCUAUUCUAUCCUUGCAAAAAUGUCUGACGGGAGUUGAGGGUACUAUCAACCUGCAACACAGUUCGUGGUUACAAUGCUUUGACAUGGUGAUUUUCACAAUGCUGGAUGACUUGCUCGAGAUUGCUGGAGGGCACUCGCAGAAGGACUACAGAAACAUGGAAGGGACACUUGUCAUUGCCUUGAAGCUUUUGGGAAGAGUGUUUCUGCAGCUUCUAGAAGAACUAGCACGGACAACGACGUUCUGCAAGCUGUGGCUGGGAGUAAUGAGCAGGAUGGAGAAGUACGUGAAGGCGAAGAUUAGAGGGAAGAAGAGCGAGAAGCUUCAGGAGGCAGUGGUGGAUCUUCUCAAUAACGUUUUAGUCACGAUGAAGACGAAAGGAGUGCUGGUCCAAAGGAGUGCUCUUGGCGGGGAUAGCUUGUGGGAGCUUACUUGGCUGCAUGUGAACAACAUUGCUCCAUCACUUCAGUCCGAGGUUUUCCCUGAUCAAGAACAGGAGCGCCAGUCCGGUGAUACUGACACGGAUUUUGUGUCGCAAGAAAAUGGUUCAUCUACUCCCUCGAGUGGAGCAGUGGGGUCCGGAAUUGCUGGCUCUGGAGGAGGUUGAAUUGUUAAUAACAUGAUCAUUUUACAUGUAGACCAGAAAGGAAUUGUGUGCCGAUGGAGUUAGAGUUGUAUGCACUUCAUCGACGAAUAUUAGCAGAAGAAUGGUUUCUCUGGUUUGAUUGGAAUUGCAGAGACGGAGGAAGCCCCUAGAAAGCAGGUUAGUCAAUCUGCUUUGUGUGUUGUUCAUGCAGAAGGUUGUUUGUCGGCGAGUAUAUUAUUUGUCAGCGUUCUUAGUGUUGUUCCUUGGGGAAGUUCCAGCGAGGGAAGAAUUUUGCUUUGAUGUCCAUGGAAAUCUUGUACUAGCUUAGCAUAAAGAAGGCAAGCUUUUUAACUGAAAUGGUGGUUCUUUGUACUCUAUGGACACUUCCAUCGUCUUCGUCACUUGCUGCCAUAAUUCAGGUAUUGGAAUUUGUCCCAAUUUCCAGCUCGGCAAUGCUGCAAGAACCAGGCUUCGGUACCUUGUUAGAUUCUCGUACAAUUUCCAUUUUAAAGUGAUAACCGGGAAACUAAAGGAUUGACAUUAGGCUCUCAAUAAUUUUGGGUUGCAUUUACCUCGUUACAUGGCACAUUAAUUGACGGCC